AUGUCUUCCACUCAAACAACCGAAGCAGAGGCCAUUAUGACGGACAAUGUGGCUCUGCGAGCCUACUACGAAUCAUGGGAUUCGCGCAUUGUCUACCAAGUGAUUAUGGGUGGGACACAGCAUUUUGGCUACUGGGACAAAGAUACCUACUGGCCUUUUCCGCUGGGGUCCAAACUUCGUCGCAUGGAGCAAAAGUUGAUGGAAAUCUUAGCUCUCCCUAAGGGAUCUCAUAUUCUAGAUGCAGGUUGUGGAGUUGGCCACGUUGCACGGUACAUGGCUCAACAUGGACUGCGCGUCUUAGGCAUUGAUAUCAUCGACUGGGCGAUUGAAGAUGCCCGUAAGGCCGCGAAGGAGGCAGGCUUGUCAAAGGAAAUGAUGUCGGUGGAGAAGAUGGACUACCAUCACCUCGAUCGCCUCGCCAGUGAAUCUUUCGACGGUGUCUACACCAUGCAGGCGUUUGGUCACGCUGUCGAUCCGAAGAAAGCAAUGGCAGGCUUUUUCAGAGUAGUGCGGCCAGGCGGCAGGAUCGCCAUGGUCGAGGUUGAGCGCAAGACGGCUGCUGAGCACGACGACCCCAACGACAGACUGACUCAGGAGUUGAAAAUGGUCAACGACUAUACGGUCAUGCCAACGAAUGAGGCCGCAAGCGAGGGUUAUUUCAAAAAUCUUCUGGAAGAGGCCGGUUUCGUCGACGUUGAAGUACGGGACUGGCAACCAAAUAUCCUGCCAAUCUUGCGCCUGUUUUACUCGCUCGUUAUGGUCCCUUAUCUCUUCUUCAGGCUGUUUGGAAACGAGAAAAGCUUCAUCAACAUGAUCUGUGCUAGGAGCGGAUAUGCUGGCAGAUCACGAUGGAGAUUCGUUGCGAUUACUGCAACGAAGCCCGGGGAAAAGAUUGAGAAUCCCAAAAGCAAGUAG